AUGACUGAAACAACAGAACAAAAUCGGGAAAACGCAGGUGUCCAAUAUGAUUGGAGAGGUGCCAUCUGGGAUUCUUUGAACAAGUCUCCGGAAGAGCGUAGGUUUCUGUUCAAGCUUGAUACAGCGCUUUUGACGUUCGCAACACUAGGCUAUUUUAUCAAAAACCUAGAUCAGUCGAACAUCAACAGCGCCUUCGUUUCCGGUAUGAAAGAAGAUCUUGGUCUAUAUGGAGAACAACUGAACAUCAUGCAAACAUGCUGGACUGUUGGCUAUGUUGUGGGACAGCUGCCCAGUAACAUUGUCUUGACUAAGUUCCGUCCGUCAAGAUGGAUUCCUCUCAUGGAAGUGAUUUGGACAGUCCUUACGUUCGCCUUGUCCCGCUGCAAUACUGCAAAACAGAUUUACAUUCUCCGCUUUUUCAUUGGCCUCGCAGAGAGUACUUUCUACCCCGGCAUGCAAUACAUCAUCGGUAGUUGGUACAGAAAAGAUGAGCUUGCGAAACGCUCGUGCAUAUUUCAUACCAGCAGUAGCAUUGCAAGCAUGUUUUCUGGUUAUCUGAUGGCUGCAGUGUACAGGUUGGAUGGGCGAGGAGGUUUCAAAGGCUGGCAAUGGCUAUUCAUCGUCGAUGGCAUAAUUUCACUUCCAAUCGCCCUGGCUGGAUUUAUCGUACUUCCGGACGUCCCCGAGAUCAGCAAACCUUUUUAUUUGAAAACGGAGGAGGUGGUCUUCGCCCAAAAGCGGAUGGAGCUCGAAGGGCGAAAACAAAGACAGCCCUAUACUCGGGCCAAAAUCAGGAAGAUAUUCACUUCUUGGCACAUUUAUGUUCUGACGCUGCUAUACAUUUUUUUCAACAAUGGCAACAUGUCUGCAGCGCCAGUCUUUGCUCAGUUCUUGAAGCUGAACAAGGAACACAAGUAUAGUGUUGCACAAAUCAACGCGUACCCCACAACAACUUAUGCCGUUACUGUCCUUGUGACACUUAUUUACGCUUGGUCAUCGGAUACUGUGCUUAGGGGUGCACGUUGGCCUCCAAUGAUCUUCGCAGGCCUCUGGAACAUUGUCGUUUAUACGUCUCUUGCUGUUUGGGAUAUUGACGAAACCUGGCAUUGGGCCUGUUAUAUUCUAGGAGGACUUUCCGGUGGCCUUUCUGGUCUUUGUAUGUCAUGGGCCCAUGAGAUCUGCGCUGGAGACAACGAGGAACGCGCCAUUGUGAUUGGCAGCAUGAAUCAAAUGGCGUACGUCGUACAAGCUUGGCUGCCACUACUUGUCUGGAAACAGACGGAUGCUCCAGAAUAUCGCAAGGGCUUUAUAACGGUUACUUGUAUCUCGUUUCUUUUGGUUGUUACUGCUAUAGUAACGCGGGUGUUGCACCAAAGAGAGUUGGAGAGCAGCAAACAUGAUACGGAGUCAACAAUCGGAGAAAUUAUACCGGAAAACCAGUCAUCGGGAGUUAUCAAUGUACAGGGAAAGUCGGAUAGCACUGUAUUUUAG